CCCCCUAGGCAUCAACUGCGCUGCUUUUGCCCUUCCAGCAAAGCAGGCGAUGCCUUUCUCGGUGAUCCCUGCAGAGACGACACCGCAACCGUAGGAUUAUGCACGGUGACCUCGAGCUCCCCUUAUUGGUUUUCGUCCUCCUCUGGAAGAUUAUCAGUGCUAUAAAAUGCCUCACCAAGCUCACACCUCUUUCAUUUUCCUUGAUUGCUGCGAUCCUUCCGGCCACGGCGUACGCAGCGACAUACAACGUGUCGGUCGGAGCCAACGGGACGCUCGCUUACGACCCGCCUUACGUCAGAGCGUCUGUCGGUGACACGAUCAACUUCAACUUCUACCCAAAGAACCACACUGUCACACAGUCCUCCUUCAACGCGCCAUGUGUUCCUCUCACGGACGGUGUCGAUUCGGACUUCAUGCCAGUAAACGCCAGUCAAGUCCACUUGCCUACAUUCCAGCUUUCAGUAGAGGACACCAGUCCAAUCUGGAUUUCCUGCCGCCAAACCGGCCACUGUGGCAAAGGUAUGGUAUUCGCCGUUAACCCAGGCGCAGAAGGCUCCUCCAACUCCUUCUCCGCAUUUCGAGCUCUCGCGAUAUCCACCAACGGCACCGCCUCAUCUUCGGCAGCAACAGUCGCUACCACUAACUAUACCCCUCCGCCCGCACAAUCCUGGACGACAGCGACGGCGACGGUCACUCAUGGCACCACAUCCUGGUUGACAACGUACACCAGCUACGACGGUACUCCCGCCCCGACUUUUGCGCCCCAGCCCGUCGACCACAAGAUCGUCGUUGGGAACAACGGACAGCUCGAAUAUGGACCCGCCAAUAUCAGCGCGUCCAUCGGGGACUCGGUUACGUUUCAGUUCAACCCGAAGAACCAUACCGUCACUCAGAGCAGCUUCCAACACCCGUGCCAGCGCCUGGCGGAGACGUCCACCUCCGGACAAGUUGGGUUCUCCUCCGGAUUCCGGCCCGUCGCUGCUAAUGCCACUGAUUUCCCGACGUUUCAGAUCACGAUCAACGAUACUGCCCCGAUCUGGGGCUACUGUGCUCAGACGAGCCACUGUGGUUCUGGGAUGGUGUUUUCGAUAAACGCUGUUGAGACGGGGCCUAAUAACUUUGCGGCCUUCAGGGCGCUGGCGAUUCAGACGAAUGGUACGGGGACAGGGGCCGGGGGGAAUAGUACAAGUGCAAGUGUAAGUGCAAGUGGAAGCGGGAGCGGUAGUGGGAACAACUCAGAUUCGAGCUCGGGGUCUGGAGUCGACAAUGGUGCUCUGUCGAUGAGCGGAGACAUCAAGUUGAUGAGUCUUGGUGGGCUUCUCUACGUCGUGGCUUUGCUACUAUGAUCUUUGAUCGGCCGUGCUGGCUACUUACUUCGGAUGGUU